GAUAACUUUCAAAUACUUAAAUGACAUAUAUAUUAAUCUAUCCAAUUGCUUGUUAACUUAUUAUAAAUAAUGCCAUCUGGCGUUUCAAUUGCACGACACUAAUGGAAGAAGAAGGGAUUGAAUUUGGAUCACUGUUGAUCAUUUGUAUUCCUCUCAAACCAGCUCAAACGGUAGAAAUAUAUGUAUUUUUCCCGGUGUACUGUAUCGAAAUGGAUUUACACGACCACUACGUGCGCAUUCCAACAACAGAUUUGUCAAUUUUGGAAUUAUUAGAAACAGCAUUCAAAGAUGAUCCAUUUUCACUAUUGCACCGUUUAAUUCGACAUUACAGUGCAGAGAUAACACAGAAUAAUUUGGAUACAACAAAAUUGAAGACGUUCCGUAUGCUGCUAUGUUACGAAUAUCAACUUACAUUUAAUUCUCAAAAGAAAUAUACAAGAACAGUUACAAGCGACUUAUGUUUCAAGAAAAUAGAAAAUGUCUUAUUCUUUAAAAAACAAUCGCAAAAUUGUACAGAGUUACAAGUUUUAUACGAUAUUAUAUUGUUGUAUACAAUACUCUAUUGUGAUCUAGAAUGUAUGUACCAACAUUUGGUAUAUUUUCAAAAGUCGAAUGUUGAUUUGUUUGCUAGUAGCAAAAGCAGAAUUUUUUAUAUGAAAAUAAUUGAAUGUUUUUUAGAAUCAUUACGAUUAAGACAGUUUCUACAUAACAAUAUAGAAUCAAAUUUACUAGAAUGUUUUAGUUUAUUGUAUUUGGAAGAUAUAAAGUUAUGGCUACAAAUAAAAGAAAACAAAGAGUGGCAAUCAUUUGCUUCAAUUUUUCCAAAGUUAAUAAAUACUUUUGGUUAUGAAAAUGUUUUGCCAACUGUAUGGGACUUUGUUUUAAACGAAUUGAAAGAUGUGAAAGAUUCGCUUAAUGCAUUGAGUAUUAUAACAGACAUAUGUUUUUCAUUAAACCAAAAAGAGGCUACUACCAUAUUACAUUGUUUAUGUUGCACAGAACGAUUAUGGUUAUUAAUAAUAGAUAGUUUAAAACUUCCUGUACAACAGUACCGUAAACAGGCAUUAUUUAUAAUGAAACAUAUAACUGAUUUUAUGUAUACUGUAGAUAAGAGUGUCUUGAAAUUAGAAAGACCUACAAUUGUUCCUUUUAUAUGUAAUCAAUCAAAUGGAACAGAGAUAUUGAUAACUGAUAUCAAACACAAAUUUUUUUUGAUAUUGGAAGCAUUAGAAGAAAAGCAGUAUCAUUUAAUAGUACCAGCUUUAACUCACAUACCAACUUUAAUCAAAGGAAACAAAGAGCAUUCAUCAUGCAACGACUGCUUUAAUAAUUAUUGGUUACAAUUAAUUUUUGAAAGAAUAUUAAAACAUGAAAAUAAUACUAUAGUAAAACAAGGAAUACUAUAUGUUUGCAAAUUACAUACAAUGAUACAUGAUUGCCAGUUUUUGAAAUUAUUUAUACAUGUUUUGAAUAAUACAUUUUUAUAUGAAUGUGAAACCUAUCAACAAGAACCAGAAAUAUUAAAUAAUAUUGUAACAUUGUUUGUGGAUGUCAAAGAGCAACAAGUUGAAUUUAUUGAAAGACUUCUUAUAAUAAUAAGUGAAGAAACAUGGGCUCCUAUACCAAUAUUUUAUAUGAUGCUAAUUUUAAGAAUAGUUUCAAGUAAAACAUCAAGUUGCUGGGAAAAUAGUCAAUUAGUUAGUAUUAAAGCUAUAGUACAAAAGAAUUUGAAUGCACAUUCUCAUAUGUUAAGAAUUGCGUCACAAAUUGAACUUUUGAAGACAAUUACACUUUCUUCUGAAAAAAUAAAAGAUAUCAAAUUUGUAAUAGAUACAUUAUCAGAAUUUCCUCCUGAAGAAGCUUUCAUAAGGGGCUCAUAUUCUUGGAACACUAUAACAAUAUGGUUGAGAAAUGUACUAGUAAAAAUGGAUGUAAUCAAUUUUGUAAAAUCUUUAUGUGAGGAGAAUUUGGAUACUGAUGUACAUUCCAGAAUUAGUCCUACAAAAUUUGCUCUUGUAAUAUUUUUGUUACAUGAUGCAGAGUUGAUGCUACAAUCUAAAACAUGCCCCGCAACAGAAGUGCUAAGUAAUUGGUUAUUGUCACUCGAUGGAAUUGACACAAGACCUUAUGCAAACAUUUCACAUAUUUUUUAUAUUAUAGAAGUUGUGUCACAUUUGCUUAAUUUAAGUGUGACAAGUAUCAGUAAAAAUCUCAUGCAAUUGUUGUCUUUGCACAUUAACGAUAUUCUACAAUUUUUACUUAAAAACAGUAAAAGUAUACCAUAUAAAUUCAAUUACGAAGAAGUAAAUAGAUAUUUGACUGCAAUUGUUUCAUUCCUUACUAAUGGAAAUAUAAUUCUGCCACAGAAAGAAAUUUUAAAAUAUAUGGAGGACUUUAGAAAUGAAAGUAUAAUUAUUCUUGAAAAUACAAAACAAUAUACAAAUAUGCACUAUAUGUAUGCAUUAUAUAUUUUACAUUAUACACAAAAUAGUUUGAGUAUAAACCCAACAUCAUUUUAUGUACUACCUUUACUAGAUAUUUCUUCUAUCCAUAUAUGCAAUAAUGAUAAAGAUCAAAGAAAUUCUAAAGGAAAAAUCGCAUCCAAUUGUUAUUUACUGCUUGCAAAACUUACAAAUCAAUUUUUAUCAAAAACUGAAAUAGAGAUAUGGCUACAAAAAGCUGAUUGGUUUAAAAAUAUACUGCAUCUUUAUGAGGCGGGAGGGAAUGAAAUUGUUCCAGAGAUAGCACUGAUAUUGAGGGUAAUCGUUGAAAAAGGAGGAAUAAAUGGUUUAGAAAAUAAAUUAAAUGUAGAAUCUAUUUUUACUACAUGUUGGAGAUCUACUUUGUCAAGUACGAAGAAUAAGCUAUAUUUUGAAGCAAUCAAAAAUCUUGUAGGAGUCAUUAUAAAUGACAAUUUCUUGGUAUUACCCGAUGCUAUGAACUUCGUAAAUCAUUUUCUUGAUCAAUUAAUCGAAGAAGGCGAAAAUACACCAAAACUAAAGAAAAUUUUAUUAAAUCAAAUGAAAAUUUUAAAUAUGCAAAGUUUAAGAUAUGUACAAGAACCAUUAUUAUUAUGUCUUUUACAUGGACAUGUACUUCGAAAAGAUGAACAAAUCGAAAGUCAAACAUAUUUGUACAUUACAAAAAAUUAUAAAGAUUACUACCCGCACCACAUAUCAAUAAUAGAUCAUAAUAAUGAGGCUAGUAUCAGGAUACUUUCAGUUUUACUAUUGCAUAAGAUAAUUAAUACAGAUGUAAAAUAUGCAUCAAUGUUUCUUCCAAUUCUUUUAAAAAAAUUAGAAAAAUACAAAAAUAAAAGAUAUUUCCAUCAUUCUUAUAUACACAAGAUAAAGCAUAGAAUUAUGCAGGUCUUACUAAUAUUACAGCCAACUCUAAAUAAGACAGACACUGCCAUAUUGCAAAAACUUCUCUGUAGUUUAAUACUUUUGGAAAGUAAUCAACAUAGUGUGAGAUUAAUGCAAGAAUGGAUAUUGAUAAAAAUUUUUGUAGAAAGUAGAGAACUUCAUUGUAAAUUAUGGGAAUUUUUUGAAGAGGCAAUUGCAACACGUCCAGGAUGCGUUAGUUCAAUAGCAUGUAUAGUUUACCACAUUUCAAAGUUGCUUCCUAAUGAUUGUCAAAGUAAUUUUAUUUCAAUUGGAAUAAAGUAUAUCGCUCGUUGUUGCUUAGGGCAGCAGUAUAACAUGCGUCUUUAUAGUCAGGUUAUUUUUGUAAAAUUGUAUGAAAUGUUAGAAACAUUGAACUGUAAUCAUCUAACAAAGGAGUACAAAGGCUUAUACAAUGGUGCAAUUGAAGGUAUAAAAGAUGGAAAUUUAAUGAAAAACUCAUGCAAAAUUCAAGAUGACUUUUAUCUCUCUACUUUUCAUGCCAUCCAAGACUAUAGUUUGCAGACAAUAUAUUUUGAACUUCCUCGAUUAACUGAUAUGGAUCAGAGUGAAUGGAUUCUUCCAGAUCUAUUUAGAACUCUAAACUUUGAAGAAAAUUAUAAUCAUCCUCUUCGAUUAUAUAAUUUGAAUACAUCAUUAUCAGAAACUAAAACAUCUCCGUAUAUAAUCAAAUCCUCAGAAUCACCUAGAAAAUGUGCUGAAAUGGAAAAUCAAGAACUGAGCGAUAUUCAGAAGAAAAUUAAUCCUUCAACAUCUAUGAAUUUAUCACAUAAUGCCACUUUUCCAACAAUUAGAGAAUCCAUUUCUCACAAAACAAUAUUCUCGGAUGAAGAAGGUAUUAUAGUUGUGGCAAGCCUCAUUGAUCGUGCUCCAAAUUUGGGAGGACUUGCUCGUACUUGUGAAAUUUUCAAUGUUAAAAAAUUGGUUAUUGCUAAUUUAAAUCAAAUUAAGGACAAAGAAUUUCAGAAUCUCAGCGUAUCAGCAGAAAAUUGGAUAACUAUUACAGAGAUAAAACCUCAUCUAUUGUGUAAAUACCUAUUGGAAAAGAAAGACAUGGGAUGGUGUUUAGUAGGUGUCGAACAAACAGCUAAUAGUACAAAUUUACUAAAUAUGAAAUUUAAAAAAAAGACAAUUCUUGUCUUAGGAAAUGAAAAACAUGGUAUCCCUGCCAAUUUGAUACCUCUAUUUGACACCUGUAUAGAAAUACCUCAAAUUGGUGUGAUUCGUUCAUUGAAUGUCCAUGUCAGUGGAGCCAUAUGUAUAUGGCAGUAUGCAAAACAACAUACAUUAACAUAAUU